AUGUCGGAGGUUGCCGCGGGGCUCGCUCGGAGGGCUUACUGGUUGUGUGCUAAGCGUGGCUGCAACGCUUGGAAUUGGUGCGACAAGCGUUGGACGUGCAAGGCGUGCGGCACCAGCGCUCCCCCAUGGACGAAGGAGUACCGCUCCGACAAGGCCAAGUCUCAGUACGGUGAGCUCCAGGCGCAGCUCGUGGCGGCCAAGGAGCGGGUCGACAAGCUCCAGGCGGCCGCGGCGCUCGGGCUCUCGGAGGACUUCCAGCGAGAGGCGGAGAAGGCCCUCCAGCAGGGCAGGGACCAGGUCGCCGCCCUCGAGCAGUCGGCCCAGGAGGCCCAGCGGACGGGGCGCCCGCCCCACUCGGUCUUCCACAUCGAGGCCAACGCCAUCCAGAAGGUCGAGCGUCAGUUGGCCACUGCCCGCACCAAGAGGGAGAAGCUCCAGCUGCAGGCGGCGGAGCUGCGCGACCUCAUCGCGGAGAAGCAGGAGCAGCUGUCUGCGGCCGAGUUGGGAGUUGAUGAAGUCACUGGGCAGAUUGCUGAGCUGGAGGAGACCAAGGCCAAGGUCACGCAGCAGGCGAUCCAGAGGGCCAACGCGGCACUCGGUGGUGUGCCGAGCCCGCUCGGGGACGCUGUCCAGGGGCUGCUCACUCAGGUUGGGGCCUUGUCGGACCUCCUCAAGCAGCACGGGGCUGAGCUGCCCCCCAGGUUCUCGGAGAUCGUCGACAUUCUCAACACGCAGAAGGAAGCGGUCGCUGACGUGCUCAUGCCCCGCAGCAGCUCGGCCAGGAAGCGCUGGGGCGACAGCGUUGGCGACGACGGCCUCGCGACUGAGGACGACGACAUGCCGCUCGACAUCGUGUCCUCAGGUGGGCCCGAGGCCGCCCCCUCCCCUGGCGCCCCGCGGACAGGGCAGUCCGCGGCUGGGCCGCCCGCCCCACGGGCCAGGUCUGCGGACGGGCCCUACGGGCCCGCAGUGGCCCGUGGCCAGCGCGGAGCGACUCUGGGUGCGCGGCCCCAGGUGGAGCCCUGCCUCGCCAAGGCCCUCGCAGAGCAAGGGGCGGCCAUCUCGGAUGGAGGGCUGGAGUGGCAAGCCUCCACAGUUCGUGGGCCCAGCUGCUGGGACAGGGGCUCGGCGGGCAUGGAGCCUGGCGUUGAGGAACGCGCGGCUCGCGAGGCUGCCGUCAUCGGCAAAGCGCCGCUGGUUGACAGGGCAGGAGGCCAGCAGCUCCGAGCUGGCCUUGUCUUGCUCGGCUGCAACGGCAAUACUUGGAGCAGGAGCAUUGAGGUCAUUGAAGCCUUCUUCAAGGCGUACGACUACUGGCCCGACGUUGUGGCGCUGCAGGAGACGAGGCUCCCGCAUGAGCGCCUGCCCAGUGCGGCGGCUCAGGCCCAGAGGCUGGGGUACGCGGCCUUCCUACACGCGGCAGUGUUGACGGAGAAGCAAGGGCCCCUGGCGACCUCAGGCGGCGUGGCGAUCCUGGUGCGGGACGGCUUGCAAGCCGACGAGUCUGCAGCCCCGCUGCCCUCGGCUUUGCGGCACCGCCUCAUCGGAGUGGAGAUUGCCGCAGCUUCGGGCCUUCGGCUUCUGGUGCUCGCUGGUUAUUUUCAGCACUCUCUGGGCCCUCGAGGUAUCAACCUCGACUUGUGUUCGGCCAUCUCGGAGGUGACGGGCUCCGAUGCAGACAUCCCGUGGGUCCUCCAAGCGGACUUCAACAUGGAGCCCGAGCCCCUGGAGGAGUUAGGGUGGCCCGCGGCAGUGCGGGGGCACGUCCUGGGGCCCUCGGAGGCGACGUGCCAUGCCGAGGGCUGUGACCACCUCUACGACUGGUUCGUGGCUUCUGCGGCGUUGGCGGCCUGCACGGCCUCCUGUGCCACCACGCUCGAGGGCUUUGGGCUGCACCCUCAUCGCCCUGUCCUACUUCGCCUACAGGAUGUUCGGGCAGAUGCGUUGGUUGAGGUUCCGUCCAGGCCCGCCCGCUUUCCCGAGGUAGCCCCUGAGCUCCUUCGGGCACAUGAGGACGCGGUGAUUGUGCGUUACUCGGUUGGCAAGAAGGGGCAGGUCACGUCCAGGGAGGUCUCGUGGUCCUGGGACGUGGGCUCUGCUCCGACCAACCUCUCCGUUGCCUUCGGCGAGUGGGCGGCAGCCGCAGAAGGCACCCUGGUCGGCAUCCACGGCAUCGGCCAGGCUGACCUGGCCCGUCAUCUCGGCAGAGGAGAGGGGCCGAGGCUGACCCUCAAGCCGCUCAGCGCCCUUGUCAGGCGGGACGCCAGGUUCAGGUUCAGCCUCCUCACGCACCGCCUAAGGAGUUGUCUGGACGUGGCCCUCCAGCGAGUGCGCGCGGAGAGCACUGGCCGAUGGCACCCUCGGCAUGCGGUCUGGUACGAGCACCAGGCCGAGCUCAGGACGCAGCUCUUGCUGGAGGCGGUGCAGGAGGCGGACGACUCGGUCGGUCAGGGCCUUCCUGGUGCUGCUCCUGAGCGGUUGGGCGACCUGGUGUACCAGGCGGGCGUCCUCGGCAGCCCUGAGGCAGUUCGGGACCUCCAAGGGCUGCUCAGUGCUUCGCAGCGCCGCGAUGCGGCUCAAAGCGCCCAGGCCUGGCGCAGCUGGGCCCAGACAGCGGUCGAGAAGGGCGGUCGCCUGGCCCACCGCUUCUCGAAGGCGACGCCCCCGCCGACGGUCAGGGACGCUGACUCGGGCAGGAGGCUUGUGGGUAUGGCAGCGAUUGGCGAACUCACGAGAGUCUGGCAGAAGCUGUGGCUCCAGGACGGGUUUGCCUCGGGCGCGGGGGCCAGCAGCUGGGACGUGGGCGAGUGGCAGCUGCCCCCCAUCUCGCUGGAGCAGCUCCAGGCGGCCUGCAAACGCUACAGCCCCUCGGUGGGCCUCGGGUGCGACUCCCUGCACCCUCGGCAGAUCCUCCUUCUGCCAGUGGCGCUGCAGCUGCGCAUCCUGGACAUCCUGGCGGCCUACGACGAGGCCCCUGCAUCGAUCCACGGGCAGGCCGCGAGCCUCUUCCUGGACAUCAGCAAGUUCUACGAGCACGUGCGGCACGACGUUCUCUGGGCGAAUGCGGUAUGUUUCGGGUUCAACCUCAGGCUGCUGCGCGGCCUCCUCACGUCCUACCAGGCCCCUAGGAUGAUCCUAGCGGCGGGCAUGGCCUCCCCCGCCUUCGGCACUACGGGUACGGUGCUGGCUGGGUGUGCGUGUGCGACAGCAGUUGCGAAGCUCCCAGUACUGGGAGCCCUCCUGGCAGCGGGGGCGACGUGCCCGUUGGUCACGCCGAGGACUGUUGUCGACGACAUUUCGCUCCAGGCGGUCGGCACGGCUCGGCUCGUGAAGCUGCAGAUGGUGGCCGCCAGUUGUGAGGUGGUCCGACAGCUGCGUGAGCAGCACCUCCCACUCAACGAGAGUAAGUCGGUCUUCCUGGCCUCGUCGCCGCAGCUCGCCAAGGAGCUCUCCGAGGCUUGGGCGGCGCAUGGCUUUACCUUCAAGAGGGGACUUCAGGCGAGGAACCUCGGCACCGACGCCAACAUCACUCGUCGUGGAGUUCAUGAAGGAGCUGUGCGUGCGGCCAGCGGCCUUCGCCGAGGACGCAGGCUAGGGGUGCUUCGCUCAGCUGGCGCGGCUACCGAGUUGGUCCAUCGUGCUGGGCCCACCGCGGCGAUGCUGUGGGGGCGCACUGUGACUGGUGUUCCUGAUAGGGAGCUGCAUUCGUGGCGCUUGGCGGCUGUGCGCUCAGCUGGGAAGUUCCCUAAGGGCGCCUCGCUCGGGUUCAGACUCAGAGUGGUGGAGGUCAUGAAGUCCAUCGACCUCGACCCGAGCCCCGCGCUGCUUCGGGCCGCGGUGCAGAUGGCGGCCAGUCUCCUCCAGUCGGGGGAGGUCCCGCUGCGUAUGUUCGAGUCGGCCGUGCAGGAGGCAAUGCAGAGGCACGCGGGAGCAGCAGCCCCUUGGGCGCACUGCCGCACGCCGGUGGAUGCCCUGGCCCUCUCGCUCUCCAGGGUGGGCUGGAAGCUUGUUCAAGGAGCCCGCCUCGCAACCGACGACGGCCAUCUCCUGGACCUGCGCAUGUUGGGGCCGCGCGAGCUGGGCCUGCUGGCUGCGGCAGGGGCACGGCGAGCGUCGGACAAGUCGGAGCUGGCCCGCCUCGGCCACGGUGCGCUCCCUCAGUCGUCCCUGUUCUGGGAGGCCUUCGCGGAGGUCCUCGGGCCUGGCAGCAAGCUCAGCCACAGGGAGAAGGCGGCGGUGGUGAGCUUCCUUUCCAACGCCCACUGGCCCCAGACCCGUCUGCACGCGGCGGGUGAGAGGGAGCACGCUCGCUGCUGUGCCUGUGAGGCCCCCCGCGGCAGCCUCUGGCACAGGCUGUUCGAGUGUCCUGUCCUCGCGGGGGCCAGGUCAGACGCCAUGGCAGUCAUGUGGUGCAAUCGCCCCGCCGACGGUCUUCUCGGGGGGCGGCUCUACCUGGAUGGGUCGGCGCUCGACCCCGAGCACGAGAGCCUGCGGCGUGCGGGAUGGAGCAUCGUGCAGUGCGACUCCGACGGCUACAUGGAGUGCGCGGUGUACGGCAGCGUGCGCCAGGACCUCUGCCCGUUCCAGACGGCGAAGGACGGUGAGGAUUUCGCGGUCUGGAUGCUGUCUCGCUUCCUGGGCCCGAGCGUUGACGAGAUCCUCAUUGAUUGUGCGUCCACGGUCAGCUGCCUCACGAUGGGUAAGAAGUACGCGACGGCAACCAGCAAGCCCAACGCCCACCUCUGGGAGGGGAUCUACGCGUCGCUGGACGUGGACACGCUCAAGGUGACCAAGGUGGCAGCCCACUGCACCGCCAGAGACGUGAUGGAUGGCAAGAUCACGGAGGCGGACCUCCGCGGCAACGGACAUGCAGACCGCUGGGCCAAGGCGGGGGCGGAGCUCCACCGUACCAGCCCAGUGGCCAGGCGCGAGUUCUUUGGCACGAUGGAGGUGGUGAGGGAGCUCUCAUGCUGGGUGGCGCAAGCCUCCCUCAUCUGGCAGGGGAUCGAGGUCAAGGACUGCGAGGGCCUCCCCGAGGGCAGUGAGCGGGCGGCCGUCUCCUUCGCAGUGCCAGUGGUGGAGCCCGCCAGCAGCCGCCCGCCCGACCUGGGUUCGGGCGACGGGUGGGCAUCGGCGGCGCGCGCUGGUGGCGUCUCCCUCGGGGCGACGGCCUUCGUCGUCGUCGGCCACGUCCUGGCCUACGCCAAGUGCGGGGAGGGCGCCGCCGAGCAGGAGCUGAUGGCGUGCACCCACUGCGGGGCGUACGCGCGGCUGGGUGGGCGCUCAGGUGCGGCGCCCAAGCUCAAGGAGCAGUGCCCAGGGUCGGCUGGGCUUCCCAAGGGAAGGAGAGACCAGAAGGCGCGCUGGUUGCAGGGGCGGCACCCUGCUGGCACGCCCCACAGCGGCAGCAAGAGGGUCGGAGCGUCUGUGCCCAGCUUGCGCAAGGAGGACGUGGUGCCGAUGGCCGCCAGGGUGCGCUUCCUGGAGUGGCUGGGUGUCCGCCCCGAUGAUGCACCUGGCGGCGUGGCCGCCGACGCCGGCCGGGGGCCCCCCAGCGGCGCGGCGGCCGCAGGUGAGGCGGAGGCUGAGCCUUUGGCGCCUGACUCCUCGGGGGCCUCGAGGGAGGCUUGGCUUAGCGCCUACGGACUCGACGAAGCGAGCCUCCUCGAGUGGUCAGCCGCAGCAGAG